AUGCCCGCUGCAUGGGGAGCGUCCUGCGCCCCUGCCCCCAAGGGCUACACGACCAGGCAGGACCUCAACUGGGUCGGCAGUGACAACACCAUUGAGGGUCAAACGUCUGCUAAGAAUGCCGCCAUCAUCUGCAACCUGGACGACAACUGCCUGGGCUGGAACAACUAUGGGUAUUACAUCCUGAAGAAGGCGGAUGUUGACGCGCAGGAUGCCGGCAUAACCUACUACUCCCACCAGGGCUUCUGCCUCUACAUGAGGGUCGUCUGA